AUGGUUUCGAAUUAUAGCCUCGACACACCCCCACCUCCUUCUCGUUUCCGCCGACCAUGGUCUCCCGAUCCUUCUGACCCUUUUCCCAAGAUUUCCAGGCCCGCAUAUAAUGACUUUGGUACCACUGCUUUUGGGAUUCAGCGCCAAGUAUCCGAUGACUCCAUCGUCGCGCUUGAUCUCGCAGAAUACGCAGCAGCCUUGAAUCGGAACGCAGACAGCUCAAACUCACGCGAGUUCCGUCCAUACGAUCCCUACCCGCCUACCCCUCCUUCUCUACGCCCAUUCGCCAGCCUUGCAUCUCUCCCUGCGGGCUCACCGUCCUCCUCUGAUCUUAGUCCUCGUACACCGACCAGCCAACCGUUCUCGCUUCCCCCGCCGUCUCUCCCUCAGAAAACGCUGCAGAGCAACCCUUCGUUCUCCAGCCGUACGCAUGCACUACACGAGGCGCAGAGUGAACCGAACUCCGACAGUUCAGACGUCGACUUGGUUCAUUUCCCCUCAUUCACGAGGCCGUGGUUCAACCAAGGCAAGCCCCAGAAGUCAUUCUCCCUCCCUGCAGCAACGCCUAUCGGGCAUGGCUUCAAUACUAAGCUUUCUCCGUUCGACCCCGCGUUCCCCACACAUGUCUUUGACAUCGGCCCCUUCCCGAACCCAUACGCAUAUACGGCGCCGCCUUCGUACCCUGCAGAUUCCUCUCAUGAUCUCGGCGUUCUGCCCUGGAAUGCGGAUUCGGAUGCGUCUGUCCAUCCGAACCUCAAGGAAGAGCGCAUGCGCAUGCUGGAGGCCGAGUUUGGUGGGAAGGAGCUGCCGCCUGUUGUUGGCGAGAAAGUAGGUAGCGUGGAUGCGAACGGACGGUUGAUCACGGAGGGUCCGAAGACGAGGAUGCUUGUGCGAGGACUGCAGAUGCUGUUUGUAGUCGCAGCGUGUCUCUCGACUGUGUACACGGCGUUGCUCAUCAAGACUACAUCGACGCCUCCACCCGCUCACAAGCUCCCAGCUUACGUACUCUACGUCUGCUCCUUCCUGACUGCGCUUGCCCUGCUCUAUCUAUUCCUGAUCUAUCCAUAUUGCUGUGGAAGACGAAAGCCUCCAAGAGACGCCACCUUUGAGGGCUCAGGAGGGCUCAUGGUCCUGCCGGUACAGCACCUGCCCGGCGGCAAGAAGAAUAAGAGAAAAGGAAAGAAACACAAAGGCGUGCCGCAUGACGAUGGCGUCCAGGUGAACCUCAUCGUUGACCCGACCAUGUUCGGAGGCGGAAGAGACCGAGACACGGAGUGGGACGACGGAGAAGACGACGGGACGGACUUUGGCCCGCCAGGGUCUUACGUGCAGGCGAGGCGUCCGAGGCGCCGUGGCAUCUUUGCUGGGCUUGCAUUGGAGGCGGAGUGGAAGCGCGCGCGAAAGCAGCUGAAGGUGCGGAUGGCGUUUGACAUUAUCACGGGAGUGAUUUGGGGAGCUGUUUUUGUCAUUAUUAUGAUGGGAAAGCGGUGUCCUGUUGGCGGGUACAACGGCUGGUGUGAUGGGUACAACGUCGGCACUGCUGCCGCGUUCUUGUUGUUCCUUUCGUUUGGCUUCAGCAUAUAUUAUGAUAUCAAGGACUUGCAUGCGAGCAGGACUUCUCCGAGAAAUCGGCCAUGA